AUGCGGUGUUUCCUGGCUCUGCUGUUGGUAGGGGCCCUGAGCUGGACCGGUGCCUUUGUAGAACCCAAGUUAAAAUCUUGGGUCACUCAGCCUCUGGAACUCUCAGGCCCCCUCCACGGCUCUGUUACCAUCCCCUUUCGAUUCUCCUUCCCCUGGGAGUUGGACCAGAAACCCAAUAUUAGGAUUUCCUGGACAAAGACCCACACUUUUGGAGAGGAAAUCUACAGCUCCAAUUCCCCACCCCACCCAUACUUCCAAGGCAGGAUCUUCCUCCACUGGAAGUCUGGAGAGCAGAAUGGCUCCCUUCUCAUCCAGGACCUGAGGAAGGGGGAUGCCUUGAUGUAUUACUGCACAGUCUGGGCUGCCACAAAGCUCUAUGGAGUGAAAAGCAUAUCAAGUCUCCAUGGGACCUGGCUUGAGGUGACUGAGGGUGAUUGGUCACACCCCAACUCUGGAGAUCCCCCUGGACCGGCCUCCAACUCCCUGACAAGUCUCAUUGUGAUCCUCUGCUUUUGCCUCAUCCACAAAAUUGGAAUCUGUGUAAUUUUGGAAAUGUCGGUGCUGCCUAAGGUAUGACGAGCUCAGUGUUCCCUAAGAAAAUAAAAAUAAAAA